GUGUGGGAAUCGGCGUCACCCACGCGGUUGAGUGCCCCCAUCUGCAUUCACCGCGUGUGAGCUCACAGUCUCGGGGCGUCAGUUGAGCCGCUGACUUGGAAAUCAAGGGUGGACGUCCUGGUGUCGUCCGUCGUGAUGACGGGGCAAAUUGAGACUCGCACGUACCUUUGUCAAGGGCGCUAAAGACCGGUCGAAAACCCACGCAACGGCUCACUUGUGAAUCAGCGACUUCCUGCGCACUGGGAACCGGCCAGAGGGUGUAGAGUAGAGGAAGCAUGACAACAAUUGACGUUGACCGUGUUGCACCCGAGACUCCAGCGUGUGACGCCGAUAGGUGAGUUGCUGGCAAUGGAAGGAGAAGAUAUAGCACUGGUAGCUUAUUCCUUCGGUACAUUGCUACAGGCUCGACGUUCCUGGCGUCGUGGAGAGCUUCUUGCUCAUGGGAUCAGUGAAGCACGCGAUGGACGAGCAGCUACUGAAAAACCUGCAAGUCACGUGCCUCAUUGACGCUGAGAACCCUCGAAAGCGUUCAACGCACUCGGAGCUGACGGUGGAUCCGACGAUCGAAACGGGGAGCAUCGAACUAGACGACGAUUUCUCCUACGACGAGUUCAAGAGCAACAUUAUGAACGCUAACAAACUCAUUCAGAUCGCUCGUUCGGACAACAAGACGGUGUUUGUCUUCUGCACUCACGGCAACAACGAGAGUGCAGUGGUGUGUAUCGCCUACCUCAUGGUAGUCGAGCAGUGGAGUCUCGAACACGCAUAUCGUCAUGUACUGCAGAAAAGACCGGCUAGUGCUCCACGUAAAACUUACGUCGAGAAGCUACGCACGCUGGAGCUCGAGACUCACGGCCGCGUGACGCUCCGUUCCGACCAGAUUGGGCCCAGUAUGAUCGAUAUUAUGCUCGGUCUGCGUGGCCAAAGUCCCGGUGACGAUACCGACGAGCGAAGCAGCCAAGCGACCGACGGCGGUCUCUCUACUAUUGAACGAGCGAGUAACAUGUCGAACUUUUCAAUUGCCACUGGCCGGACAAACGGGAGAUCUGUGCGUGAGACGACGAUUAUAGCAGAGCAGGAGGAUGAACCAGUGGGGAACAAGGUGCACCCGCACGUGUCUCCGAGUUUCGGACGAAGGAAGUCCAAAACACACAGAGUUAGCUGCGUAAUUAGCUGAUCCAUGGUCGUUGGUAAAGUGCUUUAUGAGUAGAAAUGUCUUCGAAUGCAAGGAGGCGAUUAUAAUACUUCAAAGUGAAAAACCAGCUCUCGGUGUCUUGGUAACGUAACCUCAGCAAAACAUUCGCUGCAAAGCGCACAAUUGAUAGUGUUGCCUUCGAAAGCGCGGCUGAUUUGGAUAACUUCGGGUGAAGGUAGCACCUAGCCAAAGCUACGGUCAAUACCAAAGAAAUUUCUCCCAGACCCAGCCCGACUCGCACCUUUAGCA